GUGGUAGUUUGGGAACUGAGGCAAUAAGGGGAAUGAUUGAUUUAAAUCUUUUACUUGAUUAUCUCGAGGCCCAGAAAUCUCAUCAGCUCAUCCGGACGCAGAGUUUAGUGGGAGAAACUAGUGAUCUCUCCCACUAAGCUGUCCAGAUGAGCCGAUUCGACUUUAUGAAAUAUCAUAAAUGAUGUGCAUAGGAGAUAGCUGCCAAAAAAAACGCCCCUCGUUGGAUCGCGAAGGUUUUUGCUGAAGGGGCGGUCGCGCGACCAGGCCGGCAGCACGGUUGCCAUGGGAUCGUCCGCGCCCCUGGAAGUCUAGAACCGUUUCUGGUUGACACGAGCCGCCCGUGGGCGGAGUCAGUGAAUCCCGGAAGUGGCCGGAGAGCGCUCGGUAGCUAGCGAGCGCAAGCUUAGCGGAGCUUUAUUUUACUGCCGUGGUCAUUUUAUGGAUGUUCUCUUCAUUCCUUUGCCAGCAGAGAGAUGUCUCCUGAUGAACUGGUCUACCUGGGGAUUCUCACUGCCUCUAUCCCUAUUGGAUUCCUCUUCCGUUAUCUAAGUCCUCCUGUGAAGCAGGGGGCAGCUCUGCUGGUAGGCCUCUCCGUUACCAUAGCAGCCUGCCAGAUCCACACACUCCACUCUCUAGUCACAGUGAUUGGAACAUGGAUAAUCAUAAAGACCAGCUGGCGGACUUCCCCGGCACUCACUCUUGGCUGGACCUUCCUCUACCUCCUCUUCUUCCGGCUGGUGACGUGGUUCGGUCUGCCAACACCGACACCAUUUGCCAAUGCCAUCCAGCUGAUCCUCACCCUUAAGAUGGUGAGUCUAGCCAAUGAGGUGCACAGUUACCACCUAGAGAAGAAAAAGGAAGUGACCUCUUUUUCCAAGUCCCCUGUCAUUGGCGGCCUUACUCAAGAGCCAUCACUUUAUGAUAUUUUGUCUUACAGCUACUGCUAUGUGGGCAUCAUGACAGGCCCGUUUUUCCGCUUCCAAACCUUUGUGGAUUGGCUCAGGCAGCCCAACCCACUGACCCUGCCUGGCUGGGUCCCUUGCUUGCAGCGGCUAAAGCUGGUGCCUCUCUAUGGGGCUCUAUUCCUGUCGGUGAACUCUGUCUUCCCCCUGGCUUACGUCCGCACAGAUGAGUUCCUGGAGCACCACUUUUUCUUCAGGUUGUUCUACAUGAUGGUGGUGUUCUUUGUAUUUAGGAUGCGUUUCUAUGCAGCGUGGUGCGGCGCGGAGGCCGGUUGUAUCAGUGCAGGGUUAGGCGGCUACCCAGAGGGGGCGUUGGCCAAACCCGGGGGAGGACCCACUGUUAACUAUAGCCCUGACCCGAACAUCCCGGUGGCAUAUGACUUCAGAACCAUCCAGAACAUUGACUGCUACAACACUGACUUCUGCGUGAAGGUCCGACACGGCAUGCGCUACUGGAACAUGACUGUGCAGUGGUGGCUACAUCACUACAUCUACCCCAACUCCCCCUUCAAAGCCUACACUCUCAGGGCUGGCUGGACCAUGUUCAUCAGUGCCUACUGGCAUGGACUCCAUGCUGGCUACUACUUGUCUUUCCUCACCAUCCCCCUGUGCAUAGCAGCCGAGUCUGCCAUGGAGGCCUCUGUCCGAUCCAAACUUGGCCCCCAGGGACAGAACGUGUUUGACUGGGUCCACUGGUUCCUGAAGAUGAGGGCCUACGAUUACAUGUGUAUGGGGUUUGUUCUGCUGAAGGCCAGCGACACCGUCAAUUACUGGAUGUCCAUCUACUUCGUCAUGCAUGUCAUUGCCAUUGGCUUCAUAAUACUGGCCAAGGUACUCAGGGGAGGGAAAAGAGAAGGGAAGAGAGGGGAAAAGGAGGGGAGGACAGCGGGAGACAAGGCAGAUAAGACAAAAGAGGAAAUUAAUGAAAAGAAAGAGUAAAUUUUAUCUGUCAGAUAGUAGGGUUUUUGGUGAAACGUUAGUGUAAGAAUACAGUUUGCAAAAUUCAUUGAGCUGUCACUCAUCCAUACUGGCUGCCAGUGUGAAACAGGUCCGGUGAGGAUUCCAGUUGCAGAGUGUUGUGCUAUUUACUGUAAGUAGGGCAACACUUGGCUACUUUGCAUUUUCUGAAAUUUUUUGCUGUCUUUGAUUAGAAACCUCAUUUGACUCCUGGUGCGUAUCGGUAUGAUAUGGAAAACCCAGUGACGGCUGACUUCAGCGAUAUUUGGUUAUAAGCCGCACAUGUAAAUAUGUGUACAUAUAUUCACAGCAUUGGAGAGGGAACGUCUGAGCUCACUGAAUGUUAUUGUUGUAGUGUGUGCCAGCGAACAGCGUGCAGGUCAUUCCUCUUCCACAUACGUCUGUUAGCCUGUGCAGUAUUUAUGAGGGUUUUUUUUCCAAGUCCAGUUUACACAUUAAAAUGUUUUUAAACUUUCUUAGAGGUCAAAUGGGGAUUUUACCUAAAAUAGAAAUAUCGACAUACUGCCGAAGAAAAAGCAGGAUGGUGUAGGAUGGCCACUAAACUUGAAACUUCUUGAAACAAGGCAGUAAGAAUCGACUUGAUUGACUGAAUGUCAUAACCAAACCAACAUUCCAACAGUUGACAUGCACAUAUCUAUAUAUCUAUCUAUAUAUAUAUAGACGACAAUGACCUUUAGAUGACCUUUGACAGCUAAUGAUUGCUUAUGGCAUGAAACAGGCUUGUACUGUCCAUUGAAG